AUGGCAGCAGUGAGAACAAAGUCGUUCCGUCGUACUGGGAGUUUAGCACGGAGCAGAUCGGAGGGAACCCUGAUUGAUCUAGAUGAUUCUGUGACCACAACUAACAACCUCAAUGGGGGUCGAAUGGCCCAUCAGUCAGCGGAACAUCUGGACUGGCCUGUCUUACAAACAGAAGUUAACAAUUCAGUGCAAACUACGAAUCCAUUCUGGAAAAAACUCUACGGUUCCAAUCCAUUUUUAGAUGAAAUUGUCCACGAAAGCACCAUACAGACAGACAUGUCUAUUCUAAAAGAGGAUCCAUCAGCUCUGUUUGGCAAGAAUAAUGAUGAUUCCAUCAGCAACUCUUCAGACGAAACAAACUUCAGCCAGCUGCUAAAACCCAAGAGAAACAACAGCUUGUAUCGCUCAGGAAAGUGGAGAAGUGCCUCUGACAUUCUUGACAGUCUUCAGAACAGAGAGUCAAAGAAGGAGAAGAAAAUCAACUCCCAGGGCCCCUUCAUGAAGCCUGACUUUGAGUGGCUGAAAAACGACAGGGAAGCUUACAAAAUGGCUUGGCUUAGUCACAGACAACUGACCCGGUCCUGUUUGGACUUGGACCUGAUGAAACAGAGUCCUGGUUGGGCCCAGACUCAGGCCACCGACACUCAGAUUGUCUGCAAGAUUGAUCACACAGGAGGCUCUGUCCAGUUACCUGAUUCUGACAUCAGUAUCCAUGUACCCCAAGGUCACAUUCCCCCUGGAGAAGUCCAGGAAAUUGCACUCAGAGCGAUCCUUGAUCCUCCCCCAGGGAUUAAUAACAACUACACAACAACCGUGAGUCCUUUAGUGGAAAUUAAUCUGAGCAACCUGAAUACAAUGGAAAGCAUUUCACUGGAAAUGAAAAUGACAGCUGGAGUCAAGAAUGAUCCCUUGAGCCAGGUCAUGACUACGUUUCUGGGUCUAGUGGCCAGUAAGAAAGAGGGCCCGUAUGAGAAAGUCACAGACUGUUACGUGUACAAGGACAUGUUACAGAUGAAGCUCCAGGGCUUCAGACCUCAGAUGUAUGUUAUUGCUGCUGCUGAGGCCUCUGUCAUCCAGUCACCGGCGACUUCAGUCUGGGACUACUUGACACACCAGAUUACAGUGGCAGCGUAUGGCCCAAAACACAUUCACCCAGCUAUCAAAGUUGUUUUGUAUUUUUCUUGCCAUAACUUCAUCCCGGAAAGGUUGCCGUUCUCUGACAUACACAAGGGUGGUAAGAACCUGCCACCCGUGGUGCUGUACCUUUGGGGAAAGCAACAGUUCACACUGGAUGGACUAAAGGAUCUACAGAUUGUAACAAGCGUUGCAGAUUCCAAUUUCCAAGUUAAAUCUGGGGAUGAAAAUAAAGAGGUCAGACAAGAACAUCUGAAAUUAGGCAACAUACCUCACCUACCCCUGGAGCUGUGCAGGACAGGUAAAGGUGAGAUGAGCCCCUUCAAACUGGCCAUUCAGGUGAAGGAUUCUAACGGGCUGUCUUUGACCGAUUUCCACUUUCUCUCUCCUGAGGCUCCCCCACUCAGAUCAGACAAGCACAAGCGGCUGGACCAGCGGGUUACAAAGGAGUUACCAGUCCCCAUACCCGAGGAGUCCGCGCCGACGCCUCGGGAAUACCCCAAGUUCCGGGACAAACGGGUGGAUGUGCAGUGGUAUGGCGUGGCCCUAAAAUCUGUACUGCGACAGCCGAGGGUGGAGUACCUCCUGGAAUACUUCAAGGGUGAUACUGUUGCUCUCCUGACCAAGGAUACUGUCAGGUCAGUGGGACAGUCGAAAGUGAAGGAGUGGUACAUCUGCUUCCUCCGUGGCAGGAUCGGCCUUGUGCACAGCAAGAAUGUGAAGGUCAUUACGCGCGAUCAAGUGAUCGACUUCUCUGGAGUGAAGAUCACCACACAAGGGCUCCUGGACAACAUGACCCUGCCGUUUAAGAGGCUAACCUACAUGUAUUCUGCCAUUCAGACGCUGGUCACGGAGCAUGUAUCCAGCUGGAGGGAUUUUGCAGAGGCCCUGGGUUACUCAAAUCUGUCAGUGGAUGUUCUCGCCAGGAGACAAACCGAGAGCGAGGCGGAGAAGGUGGCUUGUGUCCUGGAGAAGCUGAAGGAAGAUUGCCACGUGGGGAAAAGCAAGAAGAAGUUCCAGCAUGAACUCAUGAUUGGACUCCUUAAAAUGAAUGCCCAGAGCCUGGUAUGCCAUCUUAUCCAUGAAACUGUGAUUCUGUCCACUGCCGUGGAGCUGGGGGUGAGAUGGAGGGAACUAGCGGAGCGGCUUGGGAAACUGUCAAACGCCCAGAUGGCUGCGUAUGAGUCACCACACAGGGGAAAGAACGGGGAAGUCAGCGCCCAGUCGAUGUGGAAGCCUGCGUAUGACUUUCUGUACUUGUGGAGCAUGCGGUACGGUGAGGGCUACAAAGACAUGGUUCAGGAUCUGCACUUAGCCCUGGAUAAGAUGAAGAACCCAGUGACCAGGCAGUGGAGGGAGAUCACUGGAGCUCUUAUCACAGUGAACUGUAUGGAAGUCCUCCAGGGUUCUGCCUUCUCCAACAGAUAGAGCCUGGAGAGUGGGUGAGGUAAGGCUGAUACAAUGGCCUGUGGAUUUCCACGUCAACAGUCCACAAAAUGGCUGAAUUUUAUUUUAUUUUGUUUUUUUUGCAUUGACAUCUUUCCUUAUGUAAUUUGCAAGCUUUGUACUUAGUUUUUCCCUACUGGGGAGAAACACCACUGAACAUUUUGUGGUGUUAUGACACCCUGAUAUUUUGAGAGUUAAGCAUCAAACCUCGUACUCUGAAGCAAAUCUUAGUA